AUGUUCACCACUUCGAGCAAGACAAUCUGGACUGUCACGGCUGUCACUGUGGUGCUUGCUAUUGCUCUCGCUACCGCAACGUUCUGGAUCCUGUUCUCACAACAGACCGCUACAACAGGUCUGUUUACCCUGAACUUCAACCUUACCAAGUCGCCUCUGUCAGCCUCCUUACAGCGCGACCUACUAAAAGACAUAAAACGUGGGGCUGGGAAGAUCCUAGACGUCGCAGCCACAAAGACUUCCGAUGCUAUGGCUGACACGCAGAGCUCAGCGAGCUCAGCAGCGACUUCUCUGCCCCAGAUCGAAGAUUACGUCCCGCUCAAUUGCUCUUUCGGCAUGAUCCGUUUUUGCGUUGGGUUUAAACAGGGUCGGUCCUGCAGUAGCUCGCGACUGACUGUCUCGGCAUUGGUACUGAACAAGGUCCAGGACCUACCAGGUCCGCUCAAAGAUGUCAUCCAAGCGCGUGUAGAAGUUCUUUCCUCACUGCCAAGCAGCCUCGACAGCCUACCUACAGCGGUGAUUGGCUGCUUGCUUACGGGGUCUCUGUCGUUCAUCACUCUGCUGCUGCUAUCUUGCUGUGUUGCAUAUGGGCAUUCCACCCAUCUUGCGAGUAUCAUUCAAAAGAUUGGCACCACGAAGCAGAUGAUGGUUCAUUUCGGCAUAGGACUUGCCUGUUGCGUGCCCUAUGUUGUGCUCGUUGCCGUGCAGCAUAACGUCACCAAGGCUCUCGAACAGCUGCCAGCUUGGGUAGAGAUAAAGCACAAGACGCAGUGCGUAACAGGAGAACUUGUUGCAAAGUCGGUCAGUGUUCGCUGCCUGUGA